GCCGAACGCCCAGGUUAUGUUCUGGAAGUUAAGAUAGGAGGCAUUGUGUGAUAACAGCCAGUCAGCUGCAGGAACCAACCCUAAGAAGCAUGCCUAUGUAGCUUGUUUAUGUAGCAGUAUAUAUUAGGACUGAAGGGACCACCCUGGUAGAGCUUCUGACCAACCUGGUAGAGAUUCUGACCAACCUGGUAGAGCUUAAGACCAACCUGUUAGAGCUUCUGACCAACCUGGUAGAGCUUCUGACCAACCUGUUAGAGCUUCUGACCAACCUGGUAGAGCUUCUGACCAACCUGGUAGAGCUUCUGACCAACCUGGUAGAGAUUCUGACCAACCUGUUAGAGCUUCUGACCAACCUGGUAGAGAUUCUGACCAACCUGGUAGAGCUUCUGACCAAUCUGGUAGAGCUUCUGACCAACCUGGUAGAGCUUCUGACCAACCUGUUAGAGCUUCUGACCAACCUGGUAGAGCUUCUGACCAACCUGGUAGAGCUUCUGACCAACCUGGUAGAGCUUCUGACCAACCUGGUAGAGCUUCUGACCAACCUGCAGUGAGUGUGCAGAGUUUGUUGUAACCUCUCCUCUGGCCGAAUCUUAAGUUCAUUUACUAAUUGACUUGAUGAGUCCUUGAUGGUAGUUUCCUUUACAAGGGGAAACUUUCUGGAAUGAAAUGCAGGCCCUGUGAUCUCCACAUGAAUCUUGGCACCGAUUACCAAAUUGGCUAGUCAUUGAGUAUAUUAAACAUUAGGAACACCUCACUAAUAUUGAGAUGCACUCCCACAUUUUCAUUUUGCUCUCAGAACAGCCUCAAUUUGUCAGGGCAUGGACUCUAGAAGGUGUAGAAAUGUUCCACAGGGAUGCUGGUCCAUGCUGACCCCAAUGCUUCCCACAGUUGUAAUUUGGGUGGUGGAACAUUCCUGAUAUACACAGGAAACUGUUGAACAUGAAAGACCCAGCAGCAUUGCAGUUCUUGCACAAAUCGGUGCACCUGCCUGGCACCUACUACCAUACCCCGUUCAAAGGCACUUAGAUAUUUUGUCUAACCCAUUCACCCCCUGAAUGGCACACAUACACAAUCCAUGUCUCAAUUGUCUCAAGGCUUAAAAAUCAUUUGUUAACCUGUCUUCUCCCCUUCAUCUACAUUGAUUGAAGUGGAUUUAACAAGUGACAUCAAUAAGGGAUCAUAGCUUUCACCUGGAUUCACCUGGUCAGUCUAUGUCAUGUUCUUUAUGUUUUGUACACUAAGUAUAUAUCAACACAGAGAUGGCCAAAAGAUUCACAAAAAUUGAUAUUUUUGCAAAUACAAGAUACUCUAAAGACCAAUGUAUCAAACUAAAAUAGAAAAUACUUUUGUAGAGAUUUAUGUAGAUAAAAUACAAAUACAUACAGGUCAAUACAUUCGCUAGUACACACCUUCACUUCAACAACAUUCUCAGUAACGUAAGAAAAAACAUUUUACUUUCUAUGACUGUGAUAUUUGGUUGUUUAUCUACCUUAGUUGAAUGCACUGAUGGUAAGACACUGGUAUUACAGUAAGACUCUGCUAAAUAACUAUUAUAUCAAUGUAAAAAUGAACAGUUGCAAACCACGAUGGGUAAUAUUAUUGUCCUUCUUGUGGGUGAGGAGCUCAUUAUUAUAAUACCCAGCAUGCUUUCAAGUGUUCCUUUUUUCACAUUUUUAUAAUUUAGCAGACACUCUUAUAGAACCAUAGUGCCUUCAAACUUCUGAUGCCAAUGCAGGGGCCCCAAAAUUACAAACCCAUAUAUAGAAUUGUAUAGAAACAUAUUUGUAUUUUACAAUAACAGUUUUACAAAUUACAGGUCUUUAAAGUAUCUGGUAAAAAAUCCAUAGGAUUGCAGUUUAGGCCAGUAAACUACAAAUGACAAAAUACUCAAAAGUCAUUUAAAUAGGUAUUUCAAAGACAUAACAGAAAUACUGUCCAUCUGUGUCUCCACAUUAUCUUCUGUAACAUGUUGAAGGGAAUGCCUGCUGUUGGAACACUAUUCCACCCUAAAGCCACUCCAAUUAGGGACACAUCCUAGUUAAGCAGUACACCUUGCUGCAGUCAGCUCUCUAUGCCUGUUUGGUGAGCCACCAUGCAGCUGGUGGGUCUCCAACCCAGCCACUAUCUCAAAGACUACGGACCUCUUGAGGAACUCUUUUUAUGUAGUUUGAUUGGUAUGGUGGCCAAAGACAUUUCAUUUAUAGUUUUGACUUAAACGGAUACUUCAGGAUUUUGGCAUUGAAGCCUUUAAUUUACUUCCCCAGUCAGAUUAACUUGUGGAUAACAUUUUUAUGUCUCUGUGUGCAGUUAAGUGAUUGCCCAUUAUUCUCUGAGGAGAGAGGGGUAUUUUGGUAUUUAUUUAUUUUUAUUUUGAAAGUGAUUUGCUAAACAUUUCUUUUUAAUAAAACUCCAGGACAUUUACUGUUAAAAAUGCUCCUUUGCCUCCAAUGUCCUGGUGAUGCUCUGAAAACACCCUGCAGACAGAGUAUUCCACCACCACAAUUAAAAAAUACACGUACAAAAUACCAUGAAAAUUUCAAUUUAAUUUAUCAAAAUAAACUAGAAAAAUAGUUGGAUUUUGUCAUGUAUUAUAUUACAAAAAGCUUUUGCAAGUAGCCGCCCCGAACAGCAACAACAUUCUUAGUAACUGUUACAAAACUAUUGUUCUUGCUUGUUGACAGUGUUACUGUAUGUUGUUAUCUACCUUAGUUGAGCAAGUCACUCUGGAUAAGCUAAAUGACUAAAAUGGAAAUGGAAAUGUGAAAAGUAACAUUCAAAAUUAACUGCAAAGCACACUGGAUAUUAUUAUUGGCCUUGUUUCGGGGCAGAGCUCAUUAAAAUAAUACUCAGCAGUGCUUUGCAAUUGUUAAUUUUUACAUUUAUGUUUUAGUCAUUUAGCAGACGCUCUUAUACAAAGAGACUUAGAUCAUUGAUCUUAAGACAGUUAGGUGAGACAACAUAUCACAAUCGUAUCAAGUACAUUUUCCCUCAACAAAGUAUUUAUCAAUAUUUUUUAUAUUUAUUUAAUUUAACAAACACCCUUAUCACACCAUAGUGCUAUCACACUUCUGAUACCAUUGCAGGGAGAAAGGGAUUUAACGGUUCAGAAGAUGUGAACCGUUAAAAAACAUGGUAUAGUAAAGUAUUUAGUAUUUUGAAAAUACAAAAUGCGUUGGAGCCCAGUGUAAUUCAACUGACAAAAUACUCAAAAGUAAUUAAAAUACAUAUUUCAAAUACAUAAAUACAAAUAAUCUCUGCCUACUACCCAAUACUCUAUUACACUUCCUUAUCAAAGUAACCACACCCCCUGCAGAUACAGAGUACACAGUCAAGUAGGAAGCCACUCCCUCUCCUCUGGUGUAGAGCUCAAUGAAACAGAAAGUCAUAUUUGACACGACUGCCAUUGUUUAACCUACGAGAGAGAGCCCCAAAAUGGCAGAGAAUCAGGAACUGUUCUGUUGCUCCAUCUGUCUGGAUCUACUGAAGGAUCCGGUGACUACUGCCUGUGGACACAGUUAUUGUAUGGGCUGUAUUAAAGAAAGCUGGGAUCAGGAUGAUCUGAAAGGUGUCUACAGAUGUCCCCAGUGCAGACAGAUCUUUACCCCAAGACCUGUUCUGAAGAGAAACAUUGUGCUGGCUGAAGUGGUAGAGAAUCUGAAGAAGACAGGACUCCAGGCUGCUCCCCCUCCUGCUCUGUGCUAUGCUGAACCUGGAGAUGUGGCGUGUGAUUUCUGCACUGGGACCAGAAAGCAGAAAGCACUCAUGUCCUGUCUGGCGUGUCUGGCCUCUUACUGUGAGACUCACCUCCAACCUCACUAUGAAUCUCCUGCUUUGAAGAAGCACAAGCUGGUCAAAGCCACCGCACAACUACAGGAGAAGAUCUGCUCUCAUCAUGACAAACUGCUGGAGGUUUUCUGUCGUACCGAUCAGCAGUGUAUCUGUUAUCAGUGUGUGAUGGAUGAACAUAAAGGCCAUGAUACAGUGUCAGCUUCAGCAGAGAGGACUGAGAAACAGAGGCAGCUGGGGAUGAGUCAGCAGAAGGUCCAGCAGAGAUUCCAGGAGAGAGAGAAGGAGCUGAAGGAGCUCCAACAGGCUGUGGAGUCUCUCAAGCGCUCUGCACAGGCAGCAGUGGAGGACAAUGAUCAGAUCUUCACUGAGCUGAUCUGCUCCAUUGAGAGAAGGCGCUCUGAGGUGAAGGAGCUGAUCAGAGCCCAAGAGAAGGCUCAGGUGAGUCAAGCUGAAGGACUCCUGGAGCAACUGAAGCAGGAGAUAGUUGAGCUGAGGAAGAGAAGCACUGAGCUGGAGCAGCUCUCACACACAGAGGAUCACAUCCAUUUCCUCCAGAGUUAUCAGUCUCUCGCCAGUAUCAGUGUAUCUUCAGACUUACCCAGCAUCGUUGUCCGUCCUCUUCAGUACUUUAGAGAUGUGAGUAAGACUGUGUCUGAACUGAGAGAGAAACUAGAAGACUUCCUUAAAGGAGAAUGGACCAAGAUCUCCACUACAGUGAAUAUAGUGGAUGUUGUACUGCCUCCAGAGCCCAAGACCAGAGAACAGUUCUUACAAUAUUCCUGUCAGCUCACACUGGACCCAGACACAGCACACACACGCCUCUCUCUGUCUAAAGGGAACAGAAAGGUGACCUAUACAGGCCAAGUCCAACCAUAUCCUGAUCAUCCAGACAGAUUUACAAAUGACUUGAUGGUGCUGUGUAGAGAGGGUCUGUCUGGACGCUGUUACUGGGAGGUGAAGUGGAGUGGGCUGUGUGUUAUUACAGCAGUCUCAUAUAAAGACAUCAGCAGAACAAGGAGAAGUAAUACAUUUGGACUCAAUGACAAGUCCUGGAGUUUACACUACUAUAGUGAUGGUUAUUGGUUCAGACACAAUAGUGUUAGGACGAAAGUAUCAGGCCCUCAGUCCUCCAGAAUAGGAGUGUACCUGGAUCACAAGGCAGGUACUCUGUCCUUCUACAGUGUCUCUGACACAAUGACCCUCCUCCACAGAGUCCAGACCACAUUCACUCAGCUCCUCUAUCCUGGGUUUUCUAUCGAUUGUAUUUUCUCUGGUACUGCUGAGCUGGUUAAACUGUAGUAAGGGCCCAUUUACUAAAUUAAUUAAAAUUAUUCAAAUGCAAAGUUUUCAUCUUGUACAUCAAAAUGUCUCUAUGGUACUUCUGAGCUGGUUAAAAUGUAGUAGGGUCCACAUAGAUACUAGUCAUGCUGGUGUAAUCUAUAGCUGAGUUGGUUAAACUGUAGUAGGGUCCACAUAGAUACUAGUCAUGCUGGUGUAAUCUAUAGCUGAGCUAGUUAAACUGUAGUAGGGUCCACAUAGAUACUAGUCAUGCUGGUGUAAUCUAUAGCUGAGCUGGUUAAACUGUAGUAGGGUCCACAUAGAUACUAGUCAUGCUGGUGUUGUCUAUAACGGAGCUGGUUAAACUGUAGUAGGGUCCACAUAGGUACUAGUCAUGCUGGUGGUGAUGGUCCCCAGAUGUGAUGAUCCAUUUUGCUCUGUUUUUCUUUACAACAUAUAGAUUUUUGACUGAUUUGAUCUUCAGAGAUUUCAUGCAUUAAAAUACAAUGUUUAAAUCUUGAAUUUUGUUUAUUUUUUAACUAAUUUGUUCUUAUUAACUAAGUCAGUUAAUAAGAACAAAUUCUUGCUUACAACGACUGCAAAAACAGCAGAUGCUGUACGUAUUCAAAUGUUGCCUAUUUCUGUAGACAGGCUGGACACAUCAAGAGUUAGAGUUAGGGGAGGAUUUCGAAUUAGGGGAGAGUUUGGCCGACCGGGAUAUUCUUGUCCCAUCGCUCUGUAGCAACUCCUGUGGCGGGCUAUGCGCAUGCACUCUGACACGGUCACCGGGUAUAUGAUGUUUCCACCGACAUAAAAUAUAUAUUUUUUGUGGAUGGGUAUAAUUUGUGUGUAUAAAAUAGUCAUAUUUAAAAUGACUAAAUCUGGGAUUUUUUUUAUACAUUUGUUUAAAUUUGUCACGACUUCAUCCAAAGUCGAUGCCUCUCCUUGUUCGGGCGGUGUUCGGCAGGCGACGUCGCCGGUCUUCUAGCCAUCGCCGAUCCAUUUUUUAUUUUCCAUUUGUUUUGUCUCGUUUUCACACACCUGGUUCUCAUUUCCCUCAUUAUGUGUUGUGUAUUUAACCCUCUGUUUUCCCCCCCAUGUCUUUGUGUGGUAUUGUUUAUUCUGUGUUCAUCUAUGCGCACUUUAGGCUGGUUUGCGCUGGGUUAUGUUCAACACGUAUUUUGUAUUUCAUGAUUGUUUGUGCUUUUGGUUCGCCAAAAUAAAAGGCUCUGUGUUGCUACCAACUA